CCUCAAGGUCACUACACAUGUACUUUUUAGAUCUGUUCUAAAUCUGUCCAUGUUUUGGUGAAUUUUUAAGCAAUAGCUGCACCAGAUACAAAAUGGGUGGACGAUCCAGAUCAAGAUCUAGGGAUCGUAAGUCAAGAGAUCAUAGAUCUAGGUCAAGGGAUCAUAGGAGAUCAAGGUCUUAUUCAAGGGAAAGAUCUCGAAAAACUAGAAGACAUUCACGGUCUCUUUCCAAGGAGCUCUCCAACUCCAGGAAUCGAAAUAAGUAUAGGUCCAGGUCUAGAGACCGAAACAAGCAAAGGUCCAGGUCGAAUGAUAGAAACAAGCAUAGAUCCAGGUCGAGGGAUAGAGAGCGAUCCAGAGACAAACAUAAGAGGCAUACUUCCAGGUCAAAGUCAAAGGAGAAGUAUUCCAAAACUAGAUCAAGAGGUUCAAGGUCACAUUCACGUAAAAGGUCAAGAUCAAGAGAGGUCAAAAGGUCAAAAGAAAGAUCUUAUUCAAGAGAAGAAUCAAGUUCACCAAUUAGGAAAAAAAGACCUCAAUCAAAAGAAAAAUAUGAGACAUUGAAAAAAGAAAGAUACAUCUCCGAAUCAAGUGAUAAAAAAUUAAGACGGAGAGAACAAUCUCGAUCUCCUAAAAGGUCCAAAUCAAGAGAAAGGAAUGAUUCAUCGAACAGACAGAGGCACCAGUCAUAUGAUAGAUCAGUGUCCCGUGAGAAACUAUAUCCUAAGGAUGAAAAAUUGAAGAAACACAGAACAGGUACUGAAGAAAUUUACCAAUCUGAAAAUUCAAAGAGAAAAUCAAGACCUGAUACUUCCAGAAACAGCAAGAAAACACUUCGAAGAUCUAAGUCCAGUAGUGGAAGUGAAAGAUCUAGAUCGCGAUCUCCCCAGCCACAAUAUGAUUGUUCUCGUAAAAGAUCAGUAUCACAAGAUAAUGCAAAAAAUAAAUCUUCGAGACUGGAUGAAAAAUCAAAGACUGAAUUAGUUUCUCCAAAAAGACAAAGACGCGACUCAUCUACUAGCUCUAAAUUCCAUGGGAGGUCAUCAAGGUCAAAUGGAAGGUCAGAAUCACAUGAUGACCGAGGCAAUGCAAAAGAAACUAAGGAAUCUUACACUUCAAGGGAAUCUAGAGAUAAACAAGAAGUUAAUUCAAAUAAACAAUCAUCCAGUGAAAAUAGGGAUUUAAGUAGGCCAAGAAGAUCAGAAGAAUCCCAAUCAAAUAAGAUGGCAUCAUCCAAAUUAAGGAAUACUAGCGUAUCACCAAAACACAGAUCAAUGACAAAGGAUAUGAACAGACUGUCUGAAAAUGAUAAAGACACAAAACAAAUGGAUAAUACUUCAAAAGCAAAACGCAAGGCUCGGUAUGAUUCCACAUCUGAUAGUGAUAUGGAUAGCUCAGAUUCUGAACCAGAAAGGAAAAAGAAGAAAAAGAAAAGGGCCAGGUCAUCCUCAUCAUCCUCAUCUUACUCUUCCUCGUCUAGUGAAGAGGAAAGAAGACGAAAGAAAAAACGCAAGAAAGACAAGAAGAAAAAGGAGAAAAAGAAGAUGAAAAAACUGAAGAAAAAGCUGAAGAAGGAAAAAAGAAAAUCUGAAAAAUUGCUUAAAAGUGGCAACAAAUCAAAGCCAAGCCUGGAUGGUAUUCAGAAUAAGCUUCUGGCAAUGGCAGGGAUGGCUAAUCCUGGUGGAGGGGAUGGUGACAUUGGGCCUAAUUUUGAAAAGGCGAAGAGAGAGUCAUCUCGCAGCAUGGCUCCAAUGACAAAGGAACAAUGGGACAAAAAGCAGAGUGUAACCAGACAUGUUUAUGAUGAGGAGUCUGGUAGAACCAGGUUGAUUAAAGGAGAUGGUGAAGUGAUUGAAGAGAUUGUCAGCAAGAAGAGACAGAAGGAAAUCAAUAAGGCAGCUACUUUGGCAGAUGGAAGAUCAUUUCAGAAACACACUGGAUUAUAUCACUAAAUAAUAUAGAAUAAUCACUCUGAACAAUAUAACUGAAUAUAGGAUUAAACUCAGAAUAAUAUCACUGAAUAUAGGAUUAACAUUGGACAAUAUCAC